AGGGAAAAGAAUGAGAGUAAGGUUAUCGAUAACAAUAUGAAUGAGAGUAAGGUUAUCGAUAACAAUAUGAAUGAGAUUAAGGUUAUCGAUAACAAUAUGAAUGAGAGUAAGGUUAUUGAUAACAAUAUGAAUGAGAUUAAGGUUAUCGAUAACAAUAUGAAUGAGAGUAAGGUUAUUGAUAACAAUAUGAAUGAGAGUAAGGUUAUUGAUAACAAUAUGAAUGAGAGUAAGGUUAUUGAUAACAAUAUGAAUGAGAUUAAGGUUAUCGAUAACAAUAUGAAUGAGAUUAAGGUUAUCGAUAACAAUAUGAGAGUAAGGUUAUCGAUAACAAUAUGA